AAUUAUAAAAUCACUCACAGGAAUACCCAAGAUGAGGAUAGCCUUCUGUUUUGUAGUUAUUGCCGUUUCGGGAGCUCUCUCCUACGGUAUUGACUCAAAUCCAUUUUCCGAUGAAUUCAUAAACUACAUCAACAGCCAACAAAGCUCAUGGAAAGCUGGCAGGAAUUUUGACAAAGACACUCCACUGUCUCACAUUCGUAGUUUGCUUGGUGCCCUUGAAUCCCCCGAACCCAGAUCAAUGAAUGACGUCGUUGUCCACAGCGAAGACACCCCAAUUCCAGAAUCCUUCGAUGCCCGGGAACAGUGGUCCAAAUGCGAAAUUAUCAACGUCAUCAGGGAUCAGUCUGCAUGUGGUUCAUGCUGGGCUGUUGCAGCAACUUCCGCAAUGAGUGACAGGAUUUGCAUUCACUCGAAUGGAGAAAAGCAAAUAUUUGUUUCAGAGGAAGACUUGAUAUCAUGUUGCGGCAUANCAAGUGGAUGA